GACCCACACAUGUGCACAAAAAUAUACGUGUGUCGCUCAUGUUCUUAAAGCAAAAUUAGAGACACUUAUUUUAGCUAAAUAAAGUAAUUAAAGGAAACCAUAUAAAAACAGUUUUUAAAGGGGAUGGAUAUUAAAUGAUUUUCAUGUGAAAUUAUAAAACCUAUGGUAAUUAUCGUGACCGACUUCAAAAACAAGAAAAACCUCAAUUUCUCCUUGUUCAGCUAUCUAUAGCCGCCGCCUCCUCCACUAAACUCAAAUCCUCUCUUCUCUUUCUCUCAGUCUUUUCAAUCAAAUCUUCCUCUUCUUCACUGUUGAAGCUGGCUAUCAAAACUCACAAUAACUAUGGUACCGAUGAUGAUGAGAGCAGAAGAAGAUAACUACAACAAUCUAAGUCCUCCACCAUGGCUAAUCCCAAUGCUAAGAGCAAACUACUUCGUCCCAUGUUCGAUCCACGCUUCUUCCAACAAAAGCGAAUGCAACAUGUUCUGUCUUGACUGCAAUUCCCAUGCCUUUUGCUCUUACUGUUUGCUCAAUCACAGAAACCAUCGUGUCGUUCAGAUACGGAGAUCAUCGUACCACAACGUUGUGAGAGUAAACGAGAUUCAGAAGUUCAUAGACAUAUCUUGUGUUCAGACAUAUAUAAUCAACAGCGCAAGAAUCGUGUUCUUGAACGAACGCCCUCAGCCAAGAAUCGGGAAAGGAGUCACCAAUACUUGUGAAAUCUGUUGCAGAAGCCUUCUUGAUUCUUUCCGUUUUUGCUCUCUCGGUUGCAAACUUGGAGGAAUGAAGCGUGAACCAAGUCUAACCUUCUCUUUGAGAGGGAAGCAUGGAAGAGAGUACGAAGGUGAGUGGGAAUCUGAUGAAGCGACCACACCAACUAAGAUACGGAAGACGUCUGCUUUCAACCGUCUGAUGAGUGGUCUUUCCAUCUCCACCGUUAAAUGUGAUUACUUGUCAGGAGAUCAACGCUCCUCGAGCUCCGGUGAUGAGAGCGGUUUUAAUCUUUCUCCGGGGACGCCGCCGAUAUAUAAUCACCGGAAUUCAAGCAGACGGAAGGGCAUCCCACACCGUGCUCCUUUAUAGAAUUAAUAUACUAACGGAAGCUAAUUAUUAUAUAUAGUAUAGAAAAUGCCUAUAAAUAUUAGAAGAAGAUGCGGUCAUUAUGUUGUAAAUGGUUAGUAUAUAUUGGGUUUUAACCUUUUGAACACAUAUAUACAGGUAUUUGUUUUUUUUUUUAAAUAUACAUAUAGAAAUUAGGUAUAUACUGUAGAGUGAAAUAUGUUUUCAUAUAGUUUUUUGUUGUAAAUAUACGUUCGAAGGAUGUAAGUUGUUUCAACUUGUUUUGCAAUCGUAUACUGUGUAUUAUCGUCA